ACUGUGUCCAAUCGGCGUGGCGCUUGUUGAACGGCGGCGGCGACCGACGUAUACAAGGGGUUUGAGCGGCUCGUGGAGAGCGCGGCCGGUUGCGCCAUGAACUUAGGAGAUGGUUUAAAGCUUGAAACUGAAUUAUUGGAUGGAAAAACCAAGCUAAUACUGUCUCCAUAUGAACAUAAAUCAAAAAUUUCUGUAAAGCAGAUGGGAAAUAAGACCAAGAUUGCAAAAUGUCCUUUAAGAAAUAAACAAACUGGAUACAUUCUGAAAUCACAAAAUACUUGUGUCAGGAGUGAAAAACUUUCGCAAAAGAAGAGAAUUGGUUCAGAAACUUCAUUGGCAAAAAGUGAAAAAAAUAGUAUGACUUUUUCACCCACUAAGGAUUUAUGCAAGCAGUAUGCAGAUAAAGACCAUCUUCAUAUCCAGAAAGAAAUUUCACCUGCAACCCCUAAUAUACAGAAGACUAGAAACAGCAUAAAUGCAUUUGUAGUAGCUAAACAGAAGCCUUGCAAAAAGCACAUCACAGCUGAAAAUGUGAAGAGCAGUUUGGUGUGUCUAACACAAGGCCAACUACAACAGAUUUUGAUGACUGUAAACCAAGGAAAUAAAUCAGUUUCCCUGACUGAGAAUGGAAAGAAGGAGGAAACAAGUCAGUAUAGUCUAAAUUUAAACAAUAUUCCUGAUCAGCCAAAGGAUGAGAACAUCAUGGGACUUCCGCAGAAAACUGAGGCCAUUUCAUCUGUUCAGGAUGAAAAAAAGUCUGUUUUAAAUGAAAAUCAGGUGACAUCUAAUCAGUAUGAGCAGAAAAUUGCCACAGAGAAUAUAUGGAAACCAGCUGACAUAUUCAGUACUCUGGGAGAAAGAGAACGUGAUAGAGGUUUGUUGGAAGCAAAAAAAGCCCAGUGGAGGAAAGAGCUUGAUGAACAGGUUGCUUUAAAGAAGAAAGAAAAAGACGCGUCUGAAAAAUGGAAUAAUCCAUGGAAAAAAUCUGAAAGUGAUAAAAUAGUAUGGGAAAAACUUCAAAUUCUCGAUCAGCCUAAGACUUCUGCUAGCUAUUCUAGCAUUCUGUCACAGUCUCCCAGUCAGGUAAUGGUGAUCCAGGCUGACAGGCAUUCACUGCCUAGAGCUAGUCAGAUUUUAGAGGAAGCAGUACUGACGGAGCGCCCUUUCAGUGCUGUGAAACAAGAACAGCAGAGAAAAUGGAUUGAAGAGUUGAACAAGCAAAUAGAGGAUGACCAGCAAAAAAAAGUAGAGGAAAAAAUUAUAUCUUCAAAGGGUGAGGAGCAUGACAGAUGGGCAAUACAUUUUGAUUCAUUCAAGAGCUGUCCUGGUUCUCAGUCUCAGCUGUCCUCUCGGUCAACACAAACACAACCAGAGUACUUCUGUGUCUCUCUGGACGCUCAGGACCUGGCUGAUAUCAGCAGUCUGUAUACACCUACAACGGGAAGCCAGGUUGAACCUUCAGAGGAGGAGCACGUAGCAAGACCUGUUAGAGACGUGGCUGUAGAAAGCAGUAAGAAAAGGAACUUUCUCCGUUCUAUGACUGCUCUUUUGGACCCAGCUCAAAUUGAGGAACGAGACAGGAGACGACAAAAACAGUUAGAACAUCAGAAAGCCAUCACUGCUCAGGUGGAAGAGAAGCGCAAGAAGAAGCAGCUUGAAGAAGAGCAAAGAAAGAAGGAGGAACAAGAGGAGGAGCGUCGUUUAGCACGGGAACAAGAAGAGAUGCAGAAACAGUAUGAAGAAGAUAUACUUAAGCAAAAACAAAAGGAAGAAAUCAUGACCCUUAAGACAAUUGAACUGUUCCAGACGAUGCAGAGAGCGCAGGAGUUGGCACAGAGACUGAAACAAGAACAGAGAAUCCGAGAAUUGGCUCAAAAGGGACAUGACACUUCUAGAUUGAUUAAAAAUCUUGGCAUUGAUACAAUACAAGUGGAAUAUAAUGCAUCUACUGACAACAUUGCAAAUUCAGGACAUGGCUUGGAUAAAAUCAGUGGUAAAAUGAAUGCAUAUAUCAGCUCUACAGCCUCUCCGAGGAAGGACACUGGUGUGCAAACAGAUGACUUAAAUGCUGGAAUAUUUACCAAUAUAGAAUCAUGCUGUGGAUCGGUAAUAGAGAGGGAAAUUAUAAACUGUUCAUCUCCUGAGAUUCCUGCAGAAUUUAAUGAACAGUUUAACACUAGGAAGAACAAGCAAGAACUAGUAAGUCAUGAUAACAGAGCCAACUUAGAAAAAGAAAACAGUUAUAAUGACCAGUGUAAUCAGUUCACAAGAACAGAGAAACAAACAAAACAUAUGAAGAAGUGUCCUAAAAGGCCUGAUUGGAAUAUAAAUAAACCACUGAGACGGUAUAUUCCAGCAUCAGAAAAGUACCCUAAACAGCUUCAAAAGCUGAGAGAAGAAAAAAGAGUAAGAAGGCAGAUGGAACUGCUUCAUUUGGUAGAAAGAAAUAAUCCUGGACACCUCUCUCAAAAUAGAGUCACUUCACCAGAUGUUCUUCAUUCAUCUCAAGAAACUGAACCAAGUUUCAGGUGGCAGCUAGUCAAAAAGGAAGAAGAACCUCAGAUAAUUAAUUCUUUCAACAAGGAAAGGUCUCAAUCACCACCAGUUCUGGCAGUGAAAAACAGAACACAGCAAACUCAGACACUAAAAAACAGUACUUAUGAAAGAGAGGAUCUGAUCUCAGGAGACAGUCAAACAGAAUUAUCACCUGGGUUUUCUGAACCAUUUCAUUUUAUUCCCUAUGUCCGAACCAAUGAGAUCUAUUACCUUGAUCCAGAUGCACCAUUGUCUAGGCCUUUAACCCAGGAUCCUCAGUACCAAAAUCUACAUGACUGUGACCAAGAACAGCUUUUUGACCAUCUCAGGGACCCACUUCUUAAUCCUAACUUGGUGAAAAACAGGGAUCGACAGCAAGCAAUCCUUAAGGGACUGUCAGAACUGAGACAGGGCCUUCUCCAGAAGCAAAGAGAGUUGGAAACUAAUCUCAUGCCUUUAGCUGCAAAUCAAGAAGAGAAUUUUAGUUCUUCGUUUUAAAUGUAGAAAAUCAAAUCCUUUACAUUUGAUUUGUCUUCCAAAUUAUGAAAUGUGAGAUUGGUUGUUGCUUAACUGUAUUUAUCAAAUAGCCUAGAUUUCUUUUUAAAAUGCUUAUUUAAAACUUGUACAUUAUGUAGUAAAGUAUGUGUGUAUAUAUAUUUUUUAAAAAACAAUAAAACAAGACACUUGUAAAAAAGUAGUAAAAAAAAAAAAAAUUUUUU